ACAUAAGCGCGGUCUGAGGAGGAGGCUGUGGAGCUGCAGCUCUGGUAGGUGGGAGCUGUCCGGAGCUGAGGGGGGGCAGAGAGAUGAGCUCAGCGCCCGCCGGGGGGCAGGUAACGUCAGCUGUCGACCGGAGCAGGAAAGAAAAAGAGAGAGAGAGAGUGAGAGAAAGGAAAGAAAGAAAGAACGGCGCCGGGGCUGUAUGCCUAAUGCUCGGUUUAUCGUGACCCGAUAAUAGACCAGGAACGGGCCGCUGAUCUGCUCCGUGCAUGAGAAGCAGCAGCGCUCCGGUUCCUCCUCAUCCCAGGAGUGUCUCCGCAGCAUCCCGCCUGGCUUGAAAUGGGAUGAAAUGGGAUCGUUCAUGUCGACGAAGAUCGGAUGGAUUCUUGCGAUCGCUUCUGUUUUCCUGUUCCUCGCGGUGCCUGCAGACUGUGUAGAUGUGAGGUGUGAGAACGUUUAUAGGGACGUUUCUGAAUGCGUCCUGGAGCUGGGGGAGAGCAUGGACAACUACCAGGAGAACGUGACCAGUGAGCAGGGAGUUGCUGCCGUGUGCAGCCACUGGGAAGCUUUCCACACGUGCGCUCUCACGGCGCUGUCAGACUGUCAGGAGGAAGUCAGCUCCAUCUGGGAGACCCUGAGGCAGGACUCCAGGAAGAUCCGCUUCCAGGGAAGUCUGUUUGACCUGUGCAGCCCCAGCUGCUCUCCCAGCGCACGUUUGCCUCUUGCUGCCCUCAUCCUGCCACUGGUGCUCGUCCUGACUGGGCCUAAUGGGGCCCCUGUGUAGAUGGUAAACGGGUGUGAUUGGGGGUAAUAAGAUGGAAUGUAGGCUAAAGGGGGAGGAGGGGUUCUGUCUUCAUGAGUUUCAGUACUUCUUAGCUCAGAUUUAAUGCCAAGGAUUUAAAAGGGGUAAGUGAUUUAAAGGAUUUUUUUUUUACACUCAGUUGUCUCGUCUGUGGUAGGACAAUCAAUUUUGUUUGGCCAACAGUGUUUCAAAUCUUCUGAAAACAAUAAAAAGUAUUUAUCCAUAAUGUAAUCCAUGAAGGAUAGCAGAUUUUUUUUUAUUGUUCAACUAAAGCAGAUUAUAGUAAAUGUUUGCUUGGAUACCAAUGAUUUCAGAUUUAUUUUGGACAGACACUAGGUUACUAAUAUAUAGAAGAGGAAGAUACAUGUUCUCCACACCUUAUUUUUUAAAGUAGUAACUUGUUUUUUUUACAAAGAUGCCUAAACUGCCUAGUGAACAUGUGUACAUGAGCCCCAAAUGGAUUAUAUGGCUGGGGCCCACCUUGAACUUCUCCCAUGGGGUCCACUUGGCUUUACUAAAUAAAUCUCAUAACGGCAAAAAAGAAGCUGGAUAUUAACUUUGGAUCUCAAAUGGCUGUUUAACAAAAUCUGUUUAAAUUGUGCAACACAUCCAGGGCCCAUUUGGGUUUCACUUUGUGUGCAGGCUUGUCCAACAUCAAACCUACAUAGGUAAUUAUAAUGUGGUUAUUAUGUAACUUGUAGACAAUCCCAUCUGGCUCCCUUUUUUUUUGGCCCAUUUCCUACCCAUGAGUGAAUGUUGGCAGGGUGAUGACACUUUAAUUAGAAGAAAAGUCCAUAACCACAGAAUAAAACUCAUACAACAUGCCAAGUUGCUUCUUUACCCAGAUUAAAUAAAAACAAAUUAUUUAUUUUUAUAUUCACGCUCUUGUUUUUUUUUUUUUUUAUGAUCCACUCACUACGUUUAAGCUCAGUCUGAGACAAAAGCUGGAAAUAUGAAUGUCAAAUGAACUACAUAUUUUUAGAAUACAGAGGCUUGUAAAAGUAUUCAUACCCCUUAAACCUUUUUACAUGCUGUCAAUUUUGCCACUUUUUGGUUGUGGACUUAAUUUGCUCAGUUAAGUCCUCCAACAAACCUCUGAGGCCUUCAAAAUAAAGCUGUAAUUGUAUUGCAACCUUCAUGGUCGUGGUAAAAAAUAAAAGCAUCCCCACAGCAUGAUGCAUCCACCUCCAUAUUUCACAUUAGGAAUGGUAUUUUCCUGGAGAAGAGUGAUGAGGCCUUAGCAAUAUUUCUGUAUUUAUACUGAGAAUAAUUUACAGCUUCCCCGUCUCUACUGAAGAAAAGCAUCUCCACAGCAUGAUGCUGCCACCAUCAUGUUUCACCAUGCUAAUUUUAUGACUUUGUAUUUCUUGAUUUUAUGUAGAGGUCUCAGAGCAAAGGGGAUGGAAUGCAAAUGCAUGCCGUAUUUUUUUGAUUUCUACAUCCAUGUAUCACGUUCCUUCUACUUCAUAGCUAUGCACUACUUUGUGCUGUUCAAUGACAUCAAAUCUUAACACAGCACACUGAGGUUUGCAUUCGUAGAGGUACAAAAAUGUAAAACAGUUCAGGCGGUAUGAAUAUUUGUUUGUUUUUUUUUUGUACUGUAGAUGAACAUGGAGUUGAGCAACAUUUCCAAAGAAAAACAUAUUUGCUGCUGGCCCUGUUGUGUCAUCUGGUAAUGAGACAACCUUUGAAACUAAGAAAAAGAGCUCUCUACUGAGGAAUUUACCUGAAUCAGUUUCAAACUGAGCGUUUUUUUUUUUCCAAACUACUUCUGGUCGAGAGGGUGCUGUGUUGUUGUUGUUGUUGUUUACACACUGGUCAUGUCUUUGUAAAGAUUUGACAUGGAAACAUGAGCCUUACAAACCAGAAAGCUCACCUUUCAGAAAUAAAAGUCAUGUCUUGUCUUGAAACUAAAAGUGGGGGGUCUUGAUGCAUGGUGACUGCAGUGCAUUAUUAUUUUAUAUCUUGAUUUAUAUCUAUAAAAGGUAAUGAGGGUGUUGUGCAACGUCCUGACAUGGUGCAUGAUGGGACUUAAGCGCCAUCUAGUGAGGUCUUCUUGCUGUGCUCCUCUCCGUUGUUACUUUAGUACCUUUUUUUUUUUUGACUGACGGUCAGCGGGCAAUUCUGAUGACGAAUUGAGAGACAAAAAUAGAGCCUCUUUUUCUUUUCAAGCCAAGGAAAUUAAAUUGUAAUCUAAAGUCCAAUUUAAAAACAGCAUCGACUGGACUUCAUUACCAAAGAUCAAUGGCCUUCGCUCCAAUGCAAAAAGCUACCUUGAAGGUGACAUUGGCAAACCAUUUCCCUUCAGAACCACUUGAACUAUAUUAAAGAAGGUGUUGAAAAUCUUCCUGAGAGAUUUUGGUCCAUGUUGACAUACAUGCAUCACGCAGUUGCUGCAGUUAGCUGCAAAUCUCCAGUUCCACCAUCUCCAUAAGGUGCUCUAUUGGAUUAAGGUCCACAGAGUGUGGAGGCCAUUGGAGUACAGUGAACUCCUUGUCAGGAUUAAGAAACGUGCUGCUGGAAGUAGCCAUCAGAAGAUGCAGACGCUGUGGUCAUAAAGGGAUAGAAAUGGUCAGCAAUAACACCCAGGAAGGCUGUGGGGUUUAAACAACCCUCACUAGCCACUAAGAAGUCCAGAGUGUGGCAAGAAAGUAUCCCAAAUACCUUAAUACCAGAACAGUUUGAGGCACUGCUGGGUAUAUAUUGCGGAUAUAUCAUCAUCACAAUAGCAGUAAUUGUUGGCUAGUAGUGUCAUGAACUUUCAUUUUUCAUGCUAAUGUACUAUUUAGCCAGUUGGAUAGAAUCUCACAGCAGCAGCUGCUCGCACCAGACACACACAUCGCCCAAAGUGCUGAAGAUCACAGAAUGAUGGAUUAGAUGAGAGAGAGUAUAUCGCAAAUUAUAUCGUCAUUGCAAUAUAUACCCUUACUAUGGCCAUUUUCAGUAUCGUGAAGCCCUGCUGGGUUUUUAACAUCUAAAACGAGUCUUCCCAUUCUCCUCUGACCUCAGCGAGGUAUUUUCUUUUACCCACUGGAUAUUUCUAGAUGAGGAGUUUCUAAAACACACAGACCAGUCAGUAUGGCACCAGUGGCUUUACCGUGUACAGAAUCAAUAAAAUUCCCUCUUUCUUUCUUUCUUUCUUUCUUCCUCUGAUGCUCAGUUUAAACUCCCGCGAGUCUUCUUCACCACGUCUAGAUGCCUAAAUGCAAUGUGUUGCUGCAAUGUGAUUUGCGUAUUUACUUCUUGUAUUAACAGUCAGUUGAAUGGGGGUCCCUAAUACAGUACAGCCAGUGGGUGCAGAUGCCUUUUAAUACCCGCAAUCCAAACACCAAUCUUAAUUUCCUGCAAAUUUCUGUGGAAAUGUUAGAGCCAAGGAAUCAUGAUGAACUGAUCAGUAAUUUCACAAGAUGUGAGAACAACAUUCAGCCAAAACCAAAAGGAGGAUAUCAGUUCUAAUAAAACGUGUUUAUUGGUUGAUCGUUCAAAGAUCCAGAGCAACGGAUGAAUUUGAUUAAGUAAACUAAACUCGAGCUAAUAAGGAAUUAGGGGUGCAGUUGACAAAAUGCUCAUUAAGUUUAUUUUGUUAAAAAUGAUGUAAAGUGACAAUCAAACAAGUUGUGUACAGGUUUAUACCUCUUUUUACCAUCCAUGUAAAAUGAUUUGGCCUUCUGCCUUAAGUCACAGCUAUCACUGUAUUUAACACCUGUUGACGUGUGUGUAAAAUAAUAACUAAUGUGUGAAUGUGGAAUAUUGUGAAAUAUUGCUUACCUGUGGUGGAUAUGGUUUGAAAUAGUGAAACUGUAAGCAAAAUAAAAGUGGGGGGCAUUUCAAAGACAAAUCAAAUGUUUAUGACUGAAAGUCAACAUGUGCAUGUGGGCCCCAUAUGGAUUUUGGUUCAGACUGGAUUAAGAUUAUCUGGGCCUGGGCUCACUAAUGGCUUCUCGAGCAGAGUCCAUUGGGUUUACUUAAUUCUGCCCAAUUCACCAAAACUAGUACAGAACCAACUUUAAAUCUCAAAUUGUUUUUUAAGGCCAAUCAGUAAAAACUAUGAAACACAUAUGGGACCCAUAUGGGUCCCAAAUUAAACCCAUAAUUCUCCUGCAUUAUACAUAUACAGGAAAUAUAGCAAGGAGCCAUUAUGUAAUAUGUGGACAGUCCCAUCUGGGGCCUAUUUUUAGCACCAUUAUGGGUCCCAUAUGUGCCUGUAAGCUACACACUGGAAUAGCUAAACCUGGUUUAUUUGAUAUAAACCCUGGAGAUAUUCCAGAAUUAUGCCAAAUAGUUGUAAUCAAGACCUGUCAUUUUAAAAAAAAAAUACAACUAUGUAGUUUUUACACCAAACAAACUUCAUAUAAUCAGCACUUGGAAAUACAUUUUUAUUGAAAUAGGUUUCAGUUCUGCAGUUUCCAAUAACAUGACUAGCAUUGCUCCCCCUCAUCUGGUACAAAUAGUUGUCUGUAAUGGUCCAUAAAAAGUUAAGGAGGACACAAUAUUGUUUUUUUCUAUUCAGUGCAAAA